CAACUUCCUCACUACCACCCUCCUAAGAAGAAAACGAAAACAUCCCAAAAUGGCAAACCUUGUACUUGCUGCACUCACCAUGGCGGCCUUCCUAGCAUUUGUUUCCCGGACGGCCUAUGGCGGUUGUAUCGAGGGGUCUCCGGUUUGUUUUCCCGACGGUCUGGACAACCCCAGAGGCUGUCAGAUUCCGAUCCAGAAGCUGAACCACUGCCAGAUGCACCUCGCCUCUUUCGAUUACAAGCUCAGGAUGGCGGUGGAGAACCCGAAACAACAACAACACCUUAAUCUGUGCUGCAACCAGCUACAAGAAGUGGAGAAGCAGUGUCAGUGUGAGGCGAUCAAACAGGUAGUGGAACAAGCUCAAAAGCAGCUGCAGCAAGGUCAAGGUGGACAACAGCAGGUGCAACAGAUGGUGAAGAAGGCUCAGAUGCUCCCCAACCAAUGCAACUUGCAAUGCUCAAUCUGAUCAGUCCCAAGCAUGCACUAGUGUUUGUUUUGAGUUUGAAUGUAUGCAUGCAUGCAUGUGAUAUAUAAUAACAAUGCAUGAUCACUCUUUGGCUUGAGAUG